CUGGGUAUAUGAAGCCCUCAGGGCCUGGCUCUUGUUUAAGGUCCCGAGGGCAUCCAAUAAGUCCUACUCUGCCAUGAAGCUCAUCAUCACCUUCCUGGUGUUCUACCUGUCCCUGCUCAACUAUGGUGACGGUUUCUUCGUGGACUCGGUGGUUAAGCCUGUAGCCCAACCUGUAGCUGCUGUAGCUCCUGCUGUGGAAACUGUGGCUGGGGCUGUGCCCAAACUCCCUUUCACCUACUUCAACCCCCUGAAGAUCAUGCUGGCCAGCCUGGGCAUCCCAGUGGAGAACCUCAUUGAGGGUUCCAGGAAGUGUGUCACUGAGCUGGGCCCCGAGGCCGUGGGGGCUGUGAAGACACUGCUGGGGGCACUGACAUUCUUUGGUUGAGCCAAGGCAGGAUUAACUCUACCUGAGGACAAGAAGCUACCCACUGGCAAGGGCUAGAAAUCCAGCCGCUGGUCCUGAAAACGGCCACAUCCUUUAUCUUCCUUAAUAAACCUGGCUAAGAGCA